AAAAAAUUGAAGAUUGGUCAGGAGGUACACAGUUAUUUCUUCAAAUUUCAUCUAAAUUUAAGUUUCACCGCGGAGAUCUCUUAGCGGGUUUAAAAUAGUACUCAUUGUUUAUUAGAAAGUUGAGAUUAAAAAACAUGUCACAGCUUAACACAAGGGAAGGCAAAAAAUCAGACUGUUCCUCCCUCUACGAAUUAGUGAAGGAGGCAGCACAAACCAACAAAAUACCAGUUGACCCCAAUCUAACACCUGAAGGAUUGGAAGAAAUUGGCUUUGGUCCUUCUCCUGGUUUUUAUUCCAUUGUUGCGGAAAAAGAUCACUCUUUGGUGGGAUACGCGCUUUACUAUUACACUUACUCAACAUGGGAAGGACGCUCUGUGUGCAUGGAGGAUUUGUUUGUCACUGGGACAGAAAAUCACAAUGAUGUUGCAACUGCCAUGUGGAAGAAAUUAGUGGAGGUUGCUCUUGCAGCAGACUGUGGGAGGUGUAACAUAACAGCAUUGCAAGAUAAAAAGGAAAUGCUAAAUUUCUAUGAAUGUCAUAAAGCUAUAAACUUGACUAAGAGUGAAGCUUGGCACUUCUUUAGAAUGAACCAGGAUUCCAUGGCAGAGUUUGUCAAAGGAAGCAAGGUUCCAGAAGGAAUCACAAUAAGGGAAGCCACUCCAUCAGACUGCAUUGGUAUCAGAAAGCAGAUCCAGGACUUAGCUGAUUAUGAAAAGAUGCCUGAAGGUCCACAGAUAGAUGCUGAAGUGCUGAAAACAGAUGGAUUUGGAAAACAGGUAUUUUAUAAGGCCUGUGUAGCAGAGGAGGAAGGAGAGAUGGUAGGCUACACACUUUAUUUCUUCACCUUCAACUGGGAGGGACGAGGAGUCUACAUGGAGGAUCUUUAUGUAUCACCUUCACACCGCAGCAGAGGAAUUGGCAUGGCACUCUGGAGGAAAGUGAUCCGGGAUGGCAUGGCACUGCAAGGGAUUCGAUGUGACUUUGCUGUGCUUGAUUGGAAUCUUCCAAGCAUUGAGUUCUACAAAAGCAAGGGAGCAGCAGAUAUGACUGAGCUGAGAGGCUUCUUGUUUUAUAGGAUGAGAAAGGAAGAAAUGGAGGAAUUCGUCAAGAAAUGAAUUUUAUUCUUGUA